UGAUUGGAAACUUCAAGUUUUAUGGUUUUCAAUGCAGUAGAAUGAAGAUAACAAAAGGAUGUAUUGCUGUUAAGACGCCCUUUUUUUUUGUUCUUUCAUCCCUUGUUAGAUUUUGAAACAGCAACAAAGUUAGCAAUUCAUAAGUACAAUACUCACAUCGAGUUAGUGACAGUGACUCUAGGCAAUGGUAAGAGAAGAACGCCGUCUUUCAACUUUUUGCAGGGACUGUUCUGAUAGUGCAAUCCUCUGCUAUCCUCAUAAACUGUGUCAAACCCUAUGGUUGUCUAAAGAGUACUGAUGCACAUUACGAAUGAAGAAUUGCAACAGCAAUGCAUCUUUUUUCUUAUCUGGAAAAAAAAUUCAAAUAUGGCUGGAUCACUGUAAUUCAAGUGCAAAGAGAUAAUACUACGAAGCUGAACACUGGAACUACAACAUUCAAUUUACUAGUAACUUCUAUUUUGCAGUUGGGCAAAAGCUCAACAUCAAGUAUUCAAACAGGUCCUCAUACGAGCCAUUUCACCCCCACACAAAACGCAUCUAUUUAUCUUGAUGUUGCUUCCAUCAAAAAGAAGAGACUUGUCUAUAUCAGCUACGAUAGGUCAAAUUCACUGCUUGUUACCCAGCAUCGAUCUUUUAGUUGAUUUGUAUGCAAUAUAGCGUUUCGUCCAUACACCAUCAGUUGCUUUAAAAUAUUGUCGUUAUUAUCCGCUUUGGAAUACAAUCGCUUUUUACAUAAGGAAAAAGCCGUGCAGCGUUCAUUAUGCAUCUUGUCAAGAUGGCGGUUUAGUAUUGUGGGGCUCAUAAGUUUACUAGAGCACUUGGGACAAGUUGAAUGAAAUUGCAGAUUCUCUCACAGACGAAAUACCCUUAAUAUAGUGUACUAAGUCGCUUGUGAAAGCAAAAAUACUACAGGGCAAUAUUAUUUUGUUAAAUAUAUCAUAUGCGUCUGUUUCUAAAUGGCGUAAUUUUUUACCCUUUGACUGCUUUUGAGUUCAGUUGACUGUAUGUUACCGCAGUAAAGGCAUUCCUAUUUAACAAUAGAG